AUGUCUACCGAAAGAUCAAACUUAUCAAGACUAGGUAGACCGCCAACAGCGUUUCAACGAGUUCUAGACAAAGUUGCCGUUUCUGUUUUCCCAAACUUGGCAAAUUCAACGACAACAAACACUACUACAACAACUACAACCAUGAACUCCCAAAGAGACACUGAUCACAUUAACCACAAAUCAAAAGUUAGAAUAACUUCUUACAAAUUAUUCAAAAAGAUUGGUCGGCUUAUCAAAUAUGAAAACAAAAUUAAAGGAAUAGAACAAGAGUUGGCCAACGACUUACUAAACUGGGCAAACAAUAUUCCCAACAUGGACAAUCAACAGUUAAUAAGAGACUUUUCCCAAUUGGUUCUACUUCAAGCGAGAUCAACCAUUCAAAUGAAUGAAUCAUUGGAUAGAACUAAGUUAAGUCUUUCAUUUGUUCACGAGCGGGAAAAGAAAAGGGACGAGUUACUCAAUUCCAAAUUCAAAUUGGAGAAACAAUUGAGAGAUGCACAAGCUAGAUUUGGUCCAAAAGCUUCAACAUCAAUCUUGAUUAGCGAAAAGUUGGAAGAAGUUGAACUGGCGCUACAAACAGUCCAAGCACAAUAUGACAGUUGCAUUUCUACCGAUUUAAGAGAAACAAUUGCCGACUUUGCCUAUUCAUUGUAUUCUGUUUCAAAAAAGUUAUCUGAUGCAUCAGAAGAAUUUGCAACAAGUUUAGAACAGGAAUCGGUGGGGGUUUUGGAAAGAGUAUCACCAACAAAGUACUCAAAACCAGGUAAAAGAAGUGAUUCGAAAUUCUCAGUCAAUGGACACGAGAACUCUUAUGAAAUGAGUACACCACAAUCCCUUGGUUAUGAAGAGAAAAGAGGCCCUUCUUACAACCCUUAUAAUGAAGGCCAGCUGUCCCAGAAUCACCAACCACUUAAACCUCCCCAGCUGAAUCAAGCCCAGCGUCUUCAUUCUUUUGAAAAGCAGAAUAUAAUUUCACGCCAAAAUCUGGAUCCAUCUCAAUCACGCCAAUAUCUGUCGCAACAAACAAAAUCUGUCCAUCAUGAUAAUAUUAUUGGAGGAUCGUUGUUUCCAAGAGAAUUACCAGAAGAAUUUAACGACCAUUGGGGUAAUAAUUGA